AUGGCAGCGGCGAGCAACGCAGAACCUACGCAUUUGCAAGAUAUGGAAGAGGACGACGCGGAGAUGGACGAGCGGGAAAUGGACUCGGAGAGCGACGGCGACGAGGGCAUGCGAGUAGACAAUUCGGACGACGAUGAAGACGACACGUCAGAAGACGAGAAGGAAAAUGAAGCCGAAAUACAACGAUUGGAAGAGCAGUUAUCGAUCAAUGCCUUCGACUACAACUGCCAUGUUGAUCUCAUCAAACUACUGAAGCAUGAGGGCGAGCUUCUCCGUCUGCGAAAGGCGAGACAGAAGAUGAGUGAACUUUUUCCUCUCACAGAAGAAAUCUGGCUAGAUUGGCUCAAGGAUGAGAUCCGUAUGACCGAAGAGGAAUCAAACCGAGAAAAAGUUAAUGAACUUUUUGAGAAAGCUAUUAAAGAUUAUAUUUGCCCAGAUAUUUGGCUGGAAUAUGCCCAGUAUUCUAUUGGUGGCAUGGGAUCGCCAGGCGGCAUUGACAGGGUGAGGUCCAUCUUCGAAAGAGCCAUCACAGCUGUUGGGCUUCACAUGACUAAGGGACAAACGGUGUGGGAGGCGUACAGAGAAUUUGAGAAUGUCAUUCUGGCCACAGUACAGCCUCCUCCUGGCAAAAUUCCCAGCCGUGACGAGCAAGAGCUGCUGAACAAGCAGCUUCAGCGCAUCCAUACACUGUUUCGCCGCCAGCUGGCCAUCCCCUUAAUGGAUAUGGAGGCAACAUAUGCAGAGUAUGAGGAAUGGUCUGACGAAGGGACACCAGAGAAAGUCUUGCACCAGUAUAAAAGUGCUUUGCAGCUGAAGGAGAAGUACAAGCCUUUUGAAGAGUCACUGCUGGUUGCAGAGACGCCAAAACUGGCAGAGUAUCAGUCGUACAUAGACUUUGAAAUGAAGGAGGGGGACCCGGCCCGGAUACAGAUGGCAUUUGAGCGGACUCUGGUUGAAAACUGUCUAGUACCUGACAUGUGGACAAAAUACACCACGUAUCUCGACCGUCAACUAAAAAUCAAAGAUCUGGUUCUUUCCACCCACGAUCGCGCUGUCAGAAACUGCCCGUGGACUAUGAGUCUGUGGAAGAGCUAUUUGCAGGCUGCAGAGAGGCAUGGGGGCUCUCAUCAAACUGUUUCAGAUUUGUUCGAAAAGGCUUUAAACGCUGGGUUCAUCCAAGCUACGGAUUAUGUGGAGAUCUGGCAAGUUUACCUCGAUUACCUGAGGAGACGUGUGGAUUUCAGCCAAGAGUCAAGUAAAGAGUUGGAGGAGCUACGAGGAUCCUUUACCCGCUGUCUGGACUACAUAAAACAAGAUGUGGAAGAAAGGUUUGGGGAAAGUGGAGACCCUUCCUGUAACAUAAUGCAGAUUUGGGCAAGGAUAGAGGCUCUGCAUUGUAAAAACAUACAAAAAGCGAGAGAACUGUGGGACAGCAUCAUGACAAAAGGGAAUGCCAAAUAUGCCAACAUGUGGCUGGAAUACUAUAACCUGGAAAGAGCUUAUGGAGAUUCUGCUCACUGUCGAAAAGCGCUUCACCGAGCGGUCCAGUGCACCUCUGACUACCCAGAACAUGUGUGUGAAGUCUUGCUCACUUUUGAGAGAGUGGAAGGCUCUUUGGAGGACUGGGACGUAGCUGUCCAGAAAACUGAGACGCGUCUGAACCGAGUUAAUGAACAAAGGGCGAAGGUGGCGGAAAAAGAAGCCAUUCAGGCUCAACAUGAGGAAGAACAACUUGAGCAGAGACGGAAAGCCAGGGCAGAGAAGAAGACUCAGAAGAAAGUUCUGAAAAGGGGUCAGUUUGUCGAGAAGAGGAAGGCGGAGCAUGGGCUUGAUCAGGAUGAGUGGAUUGCCGAUGCAGAACAAGCUCCUAAGCGACACAAAGGAAAUGGUGAGCAAAGCAAAGAGGAGCAAAUGGAGACCGAAAUCGGACUCUCUGGGAAGAAGCCUCCUCCUGGCUAUAAAGCCUCUGCGCCUGCAUUGCCCAAAGCCCAGCAGGCCAGUGGCCAAAACACAAGUGACGAUAAAAGGGAGCUUCGGAACGAUGACAGCAGCGUGUUCGUCAGCAACCUGUCGUACACCCUGCAGGAGCCCGAGGCCAUACUUAGGACUCUCUUUGAGACUUGUGGACCCAUUAAACAGAUUCGCCUCGUCUCGAGUAACAAAGGGACUUUUAAGGGCUACGGCUAUGUGCAGUUUGAAAGCUCGGAAGCUGUUUCUGAAGCCCUAAAACUGGAUAGACAGCAAGUGGAAGGCAGGCCUGUGUUUGUGUCGCCUUGCGUGGACAAGAACAAGAACCCAGACUUCAAGGUAUUCAAGUACAACACAGCUAUGGAAAAACAUAAAAUCUUCAUCCACGGGUUGCCAUUUUCCUGCACAAAGGAGCAACUGGAAGAGAUAAGCAAGCAACACGGCGCCAUUAAGGAAGUUCGUCUAGUUACAUUUCGCUCAGGAAAACCCAAGGGUUUGGCGUAUGUUGAGUUUGCAAACGAAGCCCAGGCUUCUCAGGCAGUCUUGAAGAUGGACGGCAUGUACAUAGAGGGAAAAAGAAUCUCUGUUGCUAUUAGCAACCCUCCUCGCAGACACAUGAGCAAUCCCGGUGGGUCAAGUCAGAUCGAGACACUGGAACUUCCUCCUUUACCGAGCCGCGGCGCGAGAGGGAGAGGACGCACACAGCUGUCAUUGCUCCCUCGUUCGCUGAAUCGCCAAAGUGGACCGGAAAGCAAAGUGGAGAACGGGACUGCUUGCGGAGAAGGCUCCGGCGAUGCAAAGCCUUUAUCCAAUGCGGACUUUGCCAAGAUGCUUCUUCAGAAGUGA